AUGGAAAACGACUCACCGAAUUUAUUUGAUAGCGAACCAAUGUCGGUAAAUCUGGCUUUUCCCGAAAACAAAGGCGACGACGACGUCUUGACUGAAAUAUUAGAAGAAAUACAUGAAGACGACCGUAGACCACCUGUCAUAGAAAAUACUAGCGAGAUGACAAACAGUAAUAUCGACGAACUACCUGUUGACACUUUCGAGUAUCACACCGAUGAUUCUGAUGAAAAUGACGGCACGGCCGACGACUUGCCGGUGGAAGCUGAUCCCAACCAGUCGACUGAAUCACAGAAAGAAGAUUCCUCAAAUGCCAAGACGAAAGAUAUCCAUAAAGGAUUACCUCCCGGACGUGUGAAGCUUAUCAUGAAGAUGGACCCAGACGUCAAUAUAGUAGCUAGUGAUGCAGUAUUCCUUCUCACUAAGGCGACGGAACAAUUUGUUGGACUUUUGGCACAACACUGUCAUAAAGCUAUGGUAGCCACCAAUAAAAAAACAUUGCAAAAAAAGCAUAUCGACUCAGUGAUUGAAGACAGUGUACCUUUCGAAUUCUUAGAAGGCACAUUAGAUUGGUAAAACCAUUUUAAUUUUACAUACUUUUUUUUUAUUUUAUAAAUUUUGUAUUAUAAUCUUGAUGUUAAUAUAGCAAUAUUGAUUUGUUUAAAAUUAUAAAAUGUUUCUAAUACUAACCAAACCACCCACAGUAUAUAAGUAUUCCUUAUUAGUUACACAUAGACAUAAAGUUUGGA